AUGGUCAUCACUCCAUCCACCUUGACCAUCAAUCUGGUAUUGGUGUUGCUUGGUGUUUUGGUGUUUUGGGUGUUUUUGGGGGGCCGGGUGGAUGGUCAUCACUCCAUCCACCUUGCCCAUCAAUCUGGGGUCGGGUGGAUGGUCAUCACUCCAUCCACCUUGACCAUCAAUCUGAUAUUGUAUUGGCGUUGCUUUGGUGUUUCUGGUGUGUUUGGGGGUCGGUGA